AAUCCCCUGGCACAAAACACCUGUAUACCUGAUUAUUAGACUUUCCUGCAUUAAACUUUUGGAGUCCUGAAAAAAAACUCGUAAUUCUUUCCUCUUUCCACAGCUUUUCAUAAGCCAUAUCAUCUAGUAUAGAAAUUUAAUGGCCAAUAACCAGCUGAAGCCUGUUGCCUCUCUGCUUCUGGUCUUGAAUUUCUGCAUGUAUGUCAUAAUCUUAGGUAUUGGUGGUUGGGCUAUAAAUAGAGCUAUUGAUCAUGGUUUCAUCAUAGGACCUGGAUUUGACCUACCGGCGCAUUUCUCACCCAUAUAUUUUCCAAUGGGAAAUGCUGCUACCGGAUUCUUCGUCACAUUUGCUUUGAUUGCCGGAGUUGUUGGUGCUGCUUCAGCAUUAGCUGGUUUUAACCAUAUCCGUUCUUGGAGUGCUGAUAGCUUGCCAGCUGCAGCCUCAGUUGCCACCAUUGCUUGGACUCUCACUCUUCUCGCAAUGGGGUUUGGCUGCAAAGAGAUCGAGCUCCACAUCAGGAAUGCCCGUCUGAGAACCAUGGAAGCAUUUCUGAUAAUCCUUUCAGCGACACAGCUUCUAUACAUAGCAGCUAUUCACGGUGCCUCAGCAAUCAGGAGACCUUGAAAGUUGAGUCAUACGAUGUAUGUUCAAUACGUCUCCAAAAUUUUUCAUGUUUUCCUCGUUUUUCCUACUCCACUCUCGUAAGUACUUAGAAGUACAAGAUUAGCCAAUUGAAUUUGUCUAUUAUCAAGGGGUUGGUGUGAUUUGAUUUGAUUUGUAUUAAUCGUCAAAUAAAAAUGGAAUUGGUGUGCAAAAGCAUAACUCAACUGUGCUUGUUUUGUCACUUACCGCGUAAUCCAUUACCUCCACUCAAACACUUUAUAAACCCCACCCUUUUAUAUCCACCUAUUAUUGAUGGGAUGAAGAACCUGAAUUUUACCCCUAGACCCCACACCAAGAAUAUGGAAUAUCAACCAGACCUUAAUUGUAUUCUCAAACAAGCUUGAAUACCUUUUUAAGAUACCAUCACCAGCUAUCUAAACAUACAAAUCAAUGAAAUCAUAAAGUUUCCCUUC